AACGUUUGCAGGCAAUUUGACCUAAGAAGAUGUGCUUGGUAUCAAUGCUUUAAUGGGAACAUUAUGUAUAACACCAGGACUUUUGAUUCUUCUUGUACAGCUCACCAUUUGUCCUUCCUAUCGAAAAUCGAUUCUCCCUAUUGCUUUUUUCAUUGCUUUAAACAUUUUUGAUGGCAUUGAAAUGUUGGAAGUUUACCUGAUGCAAAAGGAAGCGAACUUCGAAUUGGAUGAGAGUUGUGAAAUAACAAUUAUAAUCUUUGCUUGUCUUUGUUUUUUCAUCUCUCCCUUUGGUUUAUGUGAAAACAAGUUUAAGCCAGAUGGCAAAGUGGAACAAAGAAGUAAUUCGUGGUGGUUUUGGCUUCUUAGAUUGCUUUAUGUCGUCAUUAAUAAUCUACCAUUUCUCAUCAUCAGAGCGAUCAUUUGGGAAAAGUAUGAAUCUGCUAUCUUCAUGGGAAAGAAUGCCAUCGCUUUACUGAUGGAAUUCGUUCAAUUUCUUAUUUUAAUGCAGUGCUGCAAGUGUGAGGUGAAACCUAAGACAAGUAAUACAGAUCAUUCAAAGGAAGAGGAGUCCAGUCUUUGAAUAAAUAAAGACACUUUUGCACACUUAAGUUCGCUUUUUGUUGAUUAUGAAUAAAGUAUAUUUUGUAAAAUGAAGACUUUAUCGAA